CUUUGUCGUCUCGUAGAUAUCUACUAAUUGUAACGCGAGAUUGAACGUGUACGUAUAAAAUAUCAUCAGCUGGUCCCUAAUUAACGAGUCAUUAUGCCUGGAGCCAGGCACAAAAUACUCGGACACGUGUUGUCCGGGUUUUGCCACAAGAUGAAUCGUCGAAAACCAAUUUACGGUGAUACUAUGGAUACUCCACUAAACCGGUGCCUCACUACAUUCGACAUUACAUUACUAGGUGUUGGACACAUGGUAGGCACCGGUAUCUACGUGCUGACUGGAACAGUAGCUGGCCGCAUAGGGGGGCCAGCGACGGCACUCAGCUUUUUACUUGCUGGUGUCACUUCUACAUUGGCGGCUCUAUGUUACGCAGAAUUCGGCACUAGAAUACCUAGAGCUGGCAGUGCCUACGCUUAUACAUAUGUCAGUAUUGGUGAAUUUUGGGCUUUCAUCAUUGGAUGGAAUAUUGUUUUGGAAUAUAUAAUAGGUGCGGCAUCGGUUGCUAGAGCAUGGUCUGUGUAUUUAGAUACGAUGCUGGACGGUGCAAUUAGCAACGCUACGAUUUCUAUUACAGGAGAAUUACAUGAAACAUUAUUCAGCACCUAUCCAGACAUUCUUGCAUUUCUCAUAUGCAUAGUAGCUUCUUUAAUCCUUGCGGUUGGGGUGAAAACAUCUGCUUACAUCAACAACGGCCUAACGAUUCUAAACUGUUUAGUUAUAUCUCUUGUUAUAUUCCUUGGGUUUUAUUACGCUGAUCUUGACAAUUGGUCUGAAAAGAAUGGUGGUCUUAUGCCUUAUGGAUUCAGUGGGGUGUUAGCCGGGGCUGCAACUUGCUUUUACGCAUUCGUCGGAUUCGACAGUAUUUCAGCAUCAAGCGAGGAGGCCAAAGAUCCGUCACGAUCUAUUCCCAUCGCAACUUUGUUGUCUAUAGCUUUUGUAUCUUUUGGAUACAUUCUUGUCGCGAUUGCUUUAACAUUGAUGGUACCGUACACUAGUAUAAAUCGUGAAGCGGCACUGCCGGCUGCUCUUGGUGCCGUGCAUGCCGACUGGGCUAAAUAUGCAGUUGCAGUCGGUGCCGUAUGUGGAAUGACGACAACUUUACUGGGUUCCUUAUUCUCUCUACCUCGUUGUUUAUAUGCUAUGUCAGUAGACGGAUUACUAUUUGGUUUUCUAAGUGACGUUAAUAAUAAAUCACAAAUACCUAUUUCGAAUCUUAUUAUAUCCGGAUUAUCAUCUGCAUUAAUUGCUUUAUUAUUCGAUUUAAACAAGUUAAUUGAGUUUAUGUCAAUUGGAACACUGUUAGCCUACACAAUUGUUAGUGCAGCAGUAAUUAUAUUGAGAUAUCGGCCAAUACCCUCUGUUGAUGAUAAAAGCUUCGGUGCUCCUCAAUUAGAAUCUCCUUGGGACCGAGAAGACAGCUCAGCAACUGGCACUCCAGUGACUGAUGGAGGCUCUUCUUCUUCUGAGAUGUUUGAAGCUCUUACAGUCGGUCGACUGCGACCGCAGUACGCGUGGUUGGAGCCUCUGGUAGGAGGGAGAGCCCCAGGUGCCGCUGUGACUGGCUGCGUGUAUACAUUCACCGUAGCCGCUGCCGCACUUUGUGCCCAUGAACACUUCUUGUCAGGACCGGCUGGUCUCUGGGCAUUACUUCCAGAUAUCGUUCUCACUUCAAUUAUGCUUGCUUGUUUGCUGAUAAUCAAGGCCCAUCAGCAAAGCCCGACUCGUUUGCCGUUCCGAGUGCCCUGGGUGCCAUUCAUACCGGCCAUCAGUGUAGUGAUGAACCUAAUGCUUAUGAUUAAUCUUAAGGCACUCACAUGGGCAAGAUUCGCUAUAUGGAUGACUUUUGGUCUACUUCUGUAUUUCCUUUAUGGGAUACAUCACAGUAAACUAGGCGAGGGAGUGGGACUGUUGUCGCGAUCAGCUAGCGGCGGCGGUAACAGUGGUGGCUGGGGCGCUGUCGAGAAGACGAGUGCUCUAGCACGCCGUGUCGCGCGACUCGGUCGCGGCAGCAAGAGUGACGACCGGAAACCGAUUAUAUGUGACGACGAUAGCACCCGCCGGGAACCGUGAUUCUAAUUGCAUAGAGGGUUUUAUGUUGCAUCUAACGAUGAACCAUUACAAGUUCACACUAUAGUGGAGAAGAUAUAUUUGUGUAUAUUCGCCCAUGAUUGCCUAUUCAACAAUGACUUGCAGUGAGAAGGUUUUUCGACACAUCUUUUAUUUCAAGAUAAUUUAUAGAUGUUAUGAUAAUACACGCGAUCGUACGUUGGUCCAACAAACAUUGGCCGGUAAUGUACACAUUUAUAAAACUACUAAUUCAUGUUAAACUGUAUAUGAAUAAUGAAUCGGUUUAUUAUUUGUAAUUACAAAUAAAAUAAAUAGAGAUGUACGGUGGCAUUGAUUUGAAUACACGCUAAAUUAAUUAAAAUGUACGUAUACAUUAUAUACAACGCCUGCCUUAAUUGUGCCAAUCAUGAAUAUUCAUGAGAUAGGCUAUCAUGGGCGCUUAGGAGUCAUCACACUUACAAUACGU